AUGUCGGCGCUUCAUGUCGAGGCUCAGAGAGCCCCUGCACCAGACGCCGAUCCUCCGCGGAAGAGGAGGAAGCGUGCGCCCGCCGCGGGGGCAGCUGAUGAUUGCUUCACAUGCGCUACUCGGAACCUCAAGUGCGAUCGACGAAGACCCUACUGCUCCCAGUGUCUCGAUGAUGGGAAAGACUGUGCUGGUUACAAGACACAACUGACCUGGGGAAAUGGGGUGGCCAGUCGGGGCAAGCUGCGCGGCCUCUCCUUACCCAUUGCCGGUACACAGAAGAUUACCACCGGUAGUCUGCCAAUAAAGCCUAAGCGGAAGCUCUCCCAACUUCAGCAAAGGAUCUCGCAGCCUCGAAUCCACAAGCAACAUGAGUCGCUGCCGGGCCUUUUGAAUGGUUCGUCGUCCUCCAACAUCAGUUGCAAGCCUCCCGAUGUAUUUCAUGGAUUUCCGUUCGACCAGCCUAAUGGCCUCUUUCCGACUGCUACACAUCCCAGUACCACAUCUUGGUCACCCGCAAUCCCUAGCGACUCGUCAACUUCCACUAGGACCCAGAUGUCGCCAGUGGCAGCAACGCAAUCGACAGCGCCUUCCGCUCCUCCAGUCCUCUCUCCCCUUGGUGGUUUCAGUUUCCACCCCGGCCUCCCGCCAAACGUCGGUCAAAGCCGACCCAACCAUAUUUCGCCCAUUGAUCAUGUCUGUUCCCCUCCAGGAUCAGCUUAUUUUGGGCGUGUCCUGAGCCACGACUCGACAGACGCGCCUGAUUCACUAUCUAGUGCAUACCCUUCCUAUACGUGUUCCUACGAUGACAAUCUCCCUAUGAAUCGACAGUUCCUGGUCUACCAAAGACUUGAACCAUCUUAUACUCGCGAUGGUACCUAUACACAACUGCUGCCACCUCAAACUCUAGAUCCGGCAUCAGAACAGGGCGAUGGCCUUGGGGAGGAAGUUGAUGGUGAUAGUCUUGACGACGGAUGUGCCGCAGCUGAGUGCGGCGCUAUGGCUGGCCUCGGCAUUGUUCCACUCAACUACAGCUUGCCAUUGUCCCAUUUCGGGGACACGGACACCCCAGGGGCAACACCUCGAAUGCAAUACCUCAUCAAGUACUAUGCCGAAGUCAUAUCGCCUGUAAUUGUUGCAUUUGAUGGUCCGUCGAAUCCCUAUAGGACGCAAAUUCUUGGACUAGCGGCCAGGAGCGAGACGCUUCAGCACGCAAUAUCUGCCCUGGCAGCCAGCAAUUUGAGGCAGCGGAGAGAGACUGGGGCCCUAUCUACCGGGAAGACGGCCCCGGCCAGAAGAUCGACGAUAGCUCAUUUGACACUCACGAAAGGACCGUUGCACAACAUGGGCUUAUUGUCUGCAGAGGAACAAGCACGAGAAGAGUUCAUGCACAAGGGGAUUGCAAUCCGAUCACUGAAUAAACAGCUCGCUGAUCCUGUCCUGCGAACGGACGACUCCAUUCUAGCGACGCUUUUAAUUUUAUGCCUCUUUCAUAUCUGCGAUUCUGGUGUCGCAAAAUUCCAGACGCAAUUUGCUGGUGUGAAGAAACUCCUCGCACUCCGGAAGAAUGACCUCGGCAAGGAAACUAAGGAAACGAAAUGGUUUACGAGGAUGUUCACUUGGUUCGAUGCAAUGACCGCUACAGUAAACGAUCGCGAAGGACAACUUCAAGGGCACCAUCUCGAUGUCUCUGCCCGUUCUGACGAGGAGUGGGCACUAGAGAAUCUCGCUGGCUGCGAUGGCCAGUUGUUCAAGACAAUUGCCAAAUUGGGACGACUAAAUGUUCUAAGCCAGGGCAAGUCUGUCGAGAAAAUGCCGAUACUCGUUCCUCGGCCGAUACCGAAAACCCCUCCGGGCCUACACCUCGAUCACAAGAACAUUGAUGGGAACGGAUGGGUGCGUCUAGUAGAGGAUGAGAAGCUUUACACAAUCAAAACUGCAGAUCAAGAUAUCCAAGCACAAUUUUGGCGCGAGUGGCGGGAAAUCCGACAAACGCUGCAAACGUGGGAGCUGGACACUACCACGUUCGACUCGUUCAGCCCAGAAGCCCCAUACCUUACUCUCGAUCAGAGGAUUGAUCUUUCCAACAUCUCAGAAUCGUUUCGCUACGCUGCGUUGCUCUAUACGGAGCGCCUGGCGAACCCGACAGUCCCAAGCACGGACGCUCGUAUCAGAACCUGGGUGCAGGAAUGCCUAACUCACAUUAAAGCCGUCAAAUCGGACGUGUAUCUCCUCUGGCCUCUGUUUGUCACCGGCAGCGAAUGCGUGGACGACCACGACCGCGAUGUCAUCCGUCAGCGAUGUUUGGAUAUCCAGAAAGACAGCGGAUUUCUCAACAACAUAAGUUGCCUCGAGCUCCUGGAGAAGGUGUGGCAACGCAACGACGAUAAAUACAAGAACGGCAAGAAUCACUCGGGGGCAGACAUAAAGCCGGGUCCAGAGGGGGAGGGCGGGUUCAAGUUCAGAACUAUCAUGGAGUUGGAGGGGAAUGAGGGGGAGUAUAUCGUUGUGUGA